AACCAAAGAAGUAUGUGAUUCCUCUGAUUGAAGGUAACAGCUGGCAACCGUCUUCAAAGAACAGUCAUUACCAGGAACAAAUAAAAGAUGGCAGCACCAAGAAAUGUUACGAAGCAGGUCUCCCCAUGGAUAACCUGGAUUCUCAGGCAGCCAGAGAACUUAUGCAAGGAAGUAAAUCUGGAACUUGUAAUCUUGAAGUGCCACCAGUGCCACCACCAUCUAUCUCGUCUUCAGAGUGUGACUGAAAGGUUUCAAAUUGGUACGGAAGUACCGACUGUUUCAAGCUUCGGAUGCUUGCUGUGCUCGCCUCUUCAUUUUCAUCAUCUACGUCAUCCAGUUCAUAGUCCGACACGUGAAUCUCCAUAUCCAACUCAGUCGCAGACAUUGUUGUCCAAUUUCGUGACGUCACCUCGAAGUGACCUCGAUCUCGACUAUUUCCAGCCUUCCUCCAUACGAGCGGUUUUCAUAGAGGCUGCCAAACUAAAUGAAGAUGAAGAAGGGUCAGAAGCCAGACUUAAUCUCAUGGUGCCUCUAUUGGCGAAAAAAAAGAUCCCUGAUGGAUUUCAGGCAGAUGCUGCAGACUAUGAGCAAAUGCCAAUAGAAGAAUAUGGCCUUGCCAUGUUAAGGGGAAUGGGAUGGAAGGAGGGAGAAGGGAUUGGGAAAAAUAAACAAAUAGUGACUCCAGUGGAUGCCAUUGUGCGCCCUAAGGGGAUGGGCCUGGGUGCUGAUCACAGCCAGAUUUUACAAAUGCCUGGAGGGAAAGAAAAAAAGAGAAAACCUGGAGAUGCAAAAGAAGAGGAAGAAAAACUGGCUUAUGUGAAGGGAGCUGGUGGGGUUGUCUUAUGGGGACCACAUAAAGAAUUGUAUGGAAAGGUAUGGCAAGGCUCGAGCCAUGACUCCCGCUCUUUUCAAACUAUGUCAAGAUGACUGUUUACCAAGGUUGGACAGGGAAUGGUGGAUGUGAUAUUUUGGGGGGAUACUAAUUAAGGUCAUUUAUCUGUAAUUUUAUGUUUUGAAAGUUUUAAUUGAAGCAUUCCUCAAUCCUACAUUUUGUGUCUUUAAUUGUGUUUCUUGAGAGAUGACCCAGUGAUUUUUAAGGGUGUUUAACCCAGGGGGUCAAUGCAGGGGAGAAUUUAACUUACGGUAGCUACCUAUU